AUGGCGAAGAAAAGAAAAGCAGCCGGUCGGAGUGCUGGGCCAAAGGGGCCGAAGGAGGUCGACGCCGCCGAUGCUCGACUUGGACCUAUUUCCACAUACGAGGAUGUCGCCGAUUCAGAAGACGAAUACUUCAUCCAUAAAGACAGAAUAAUGUUGGAAGACGAGCCAGAUUCCAAGCGAAGGAAACACCUUGAUGAAGACGUCGAACUAUCCGAUGAAGAAGUCUUGGGCUACGAAGAUUCCCAAUCGGAAAAUGACCAUGUCGACGACGACGACGACGACGACGACGACGACAACAACCAAGAGGAACCAGCCCCCCGGUCAAAGUCAAAAAAGACCUUUAAGCGGAACAAUGAUGAUGAGGAUGGAGAAAAGAUCCCGGCAGAGGAUGACCCUGGAUGGUGGGGCUCAUCGAAGCAGGAAUACUAUGACGCCGAUAACAUAGAGACCGAAGCGGAUGCCCUGGAGGAAGAGGCCGAAGCUAAGAGAUUGCAGCAAAAGAAGCUCUCCAAGAUGAGGGAGGAAGAUUUUGUCUUCGACGGCGACGAGUGGCUGACUGCAGAGCCUGAAGCCGGGCAAGACGAGCCAGACGUUGUCGAGGUGCUCAAGGACGUUGAAGUGACGUCGGACAUGACGCCGGACGAGCGAUCUCGACUGCUGUCGACGAGAUACCCCGAGUUUGACCAUUUAGCGCGUGAGCUGAGGCAGCUUCAGCCGGUUUUACUCGGCCUGAGAGAAGCCGCCCCCCGGGAAUCCGGCAGGUCAAUCCAGACGGUCAAGUACUGGGUUCUGGGGUGUUAUGUCGCCACCUUGGCAAGUUAUUUCGCCAUCUUGGCAUCUCCCGCCAGAGACGCGGGCAAAAUCCGCAAAGCGCUGUCGCCUGCGGACCUGCGGGAUCACGAUGUCAUGGAAGCCUUGUUGAGAUGCCGUGAGGCCUGGGAUCGAGUCAAGAACCUGACGGCCGCAAACAACAUUGACGAAACUACAGUUUCCCCAGCGGCAGAAACGGACGGCGAGCAGGUGCCUGGUGAAUCCUUGGCCCAGCUGGAUCAAAGGACGAAAAAGCCAAAGCCAGAGCCAAAGAAACCGACUGCCGGGAAAGACAAGGCUGCCGCGGCAAAGCAAGCCAAGAGGCUCCAAACGGCCAAAGCUGUCGAAAGCAGCAUUGCCGACCUCUACGACCUGCCUCUCAGCUUGAAAGCAUCCAAGAAGAGUACCAAGGCCGUUGCCGUCGCCGUUGCGGACGAGGGCAAGGAUGGCCACCACUCCGAUUUCGGCGAAGAAGAAGCUCUGGAUGCCCGCGCAGCAGCAGACAAGGCUGCCCGCAAGAAGACGCUCAAGUUCUACACGUCGCAGAUUGCGCAAAAGGCCAACAAGCGGGCGGGUGCCGGACGUGACGCCGGAGGCGACGUGGAUAUCCCCCACCGUGAACGCCUCAGGGACAGACGGGCCCGCCUUCUCGCCGAAGCCGAGAAACGAGGAAAGAGGGACUCGAAGCACGGAGCGGACCUCGGCGAAGAGAGCGGCGGGGACGAGGUCGCAACGGCAGAUGCGAUGCGCGGCCAAGAGGACGAAUACUACGACAUGGUGGCGCACAAGUCCAAAAGCAAGCGGGAGGACAAGGCGGCUCGGCACGCUGCCUACGCGGCUGCCAGCAAAGCGGACCGAGUGGUUGAGACGGAGCAAGUCGGAGAGGAUGGCAAGAGAAGGAUUACGUAUGCCAUUGAGAAGAACAAGGGCUUGGCACCCAAGAGAAGCAAGGAUGUUCGAAAUCCAAGAGUGAAGAGGAGAAAGCAGUACGAGGCCAAGAAAAAGAAGUUGAAGAGCAUGAAGCCAGUCUGGGUGGGCGGAGAGCCCAAGGGCGGGUAUAAAGGAGAGUCGUCGGGAAUCAACACGAGUGUUGUCAAGAGCAUCAAGCUGUAA